GUUCAGUCUACGGUCUCCAGCCCGGGUGUUUGGUAUUCUGUCUCCAAGGUGUCCGGUCUUCUGUCUCCAAGGGUGACCUGGUCUUCUGUCUCCAGGGUGUCCGGGUUGUCUGUCUCUUGGUCGGCUGCAGAAGGAGCCCCCCACCGAUGCGCUCCUUGUGAUCUUUGGACCUUGUGACCUCCUCGGAUCUGGUGAAGGAGUCGGGACAGCAUGGAGGAGACGGGCGGGACGGGGGCGAUCGGGGCGCAGCUACCCGGAGGAGGCUUUGACCUGCAGAAAUUUGCCCGGCAGCCGCAGACCAUCGUACGGUUCUUCAGUUGGAUCUUCUCCAUCGUGGUGUUCGGCACGGUGGCGGCGGAGGGCUGGGUGAACCCGCGGGACCGGCCCGAGGCCCAGUGCGUGUUCAACGGGGACGGCUCCGCCUGCCGCUACGCCGUGGGGGUGGGGGUCCUGGCCUUCCUGGGCAGCAGCGGCUUCCUGCUGCUGGACGUCGCGCUGCCCGCCAUCAGCGACGCCCGCCGGCGCAGAUACGCCGUCAUGGCCGACCUGGGCUUCUCCGGCGUGUGGUCCUUCCUGUGGUUCGUCUGUUUCUGCCUGCUGGCCAGCCUGUGGGGUCAGACCAGCGACGUCCGUGGGAUCCCGGAGGACGCCGCCCGCGCCGCCGUCGCCUUCUCCUUCUUCUCUAGCGCCACCUGGGCCAUCCUGACCUACUUCGCUCUCAGCCGCUAUCGCCACGGCAUGGACGGCGUCGCCGUGCCGACCAGCAUGGAGCCCCCGGUGGCGGCCCCCACGGCCUACGCCACCACCCCCUACGCCCCCACCUCCUACUCCCACAGCGCCUACCACCCCACCACCUACCCCGGCUUCCCCAGCGGGGGGGGGGGCGACCCCUACCAGCAGACCCUCUUCACGGCCGGAGCCCAGCCACAGGGGGGCGGGGCCUACCAGCCCCCCCCCUACUAGGAUACCGAGGGGGGGGUGGGGGCGUGGGAAGACCCCCCCUCUGUGGAGGUGGAGGAUCCACUCCUCUGGACGGAGCGUCUGAGCUGAGCUACAUCACCGAGCUACGUCAUCCAGCAACGUUACCGAGCUACGUCACUGAGCUACUCCACAGAGCUACGUCACUGAGCUCUGUCACCGAGCUACGUCACUGAGCUACGUCACCAAGCUACGUCACCAUGCUACGUCACGAGCUACGUCACUGAACUACGUCACUGAGCUACGUCACCGAGGUACGCUACGUCACAAAGCUACGUCACCGAGGUACACUACGUCACUGAGCUACGUCAUUGAACUACGUCACUGAGCUACGUCAUGGAGCUACGUCACCGAGCUACGCGACGUCACCGAGCUACGCGACGUCACUGAGCUACGUCACUGUGACUGUGGACGAGGGGGGGUGGAAGGCGUUGUGGUCCGAGGGUCAAAGCUCCGCCGGGAUCAGAUAAGAGAUAUUAUAUUAUGUUUUAUAUCUACCUUACCUCAGUGAUACGAGGGCCUGAGGGCUGCUGACCGUGGGCUAAAGAAACAGACUUAUGGCCUCUGGUUCUCCGCACCUGGAGGUACGGGGAGCUACGGUACGGAGGACAGCCCUCCAGAAGGGUCUCCCUGUUCCCGGCGCCUUCUCCUUCCCAGAACGCUCGCCGCUUCAUAUCAGCCAACUCGCCGUUUGUAUGUCUUUCCCGGUAUUUGUCGUUUAAAAUGUCUGCUUCACCAUCACAUACUGUGAGCACGGAGACAGCGUAACAUUAACGUGGGUUUGUUUAUUUAUUGAUGAUUCUACAGAAGACUAUCCAUGUUUGAGUGAACCACUAAUUACACUCUCUUUUCCCAGAGUGCAAUUCAUUUGACAGCCUGUCACUCACCCCGCCUCGCUUCAAAAUGUCCUUGUCAAUAGUGCAAAAGUCUCAUAAUAUUAAAUGUUUGAAAGGCAGUAUUUCCUAUUCAUUAUUGUUUUUGUCUUUUCACUUUUAAGUCUUUUGAGAACCACAUUGCUUUGUAUCAGCGUGCAUGGCAAUGUACUAAUCAGUCAUCAAUACGGCCUUUCACUGCUUCCAUUAGCAACACUCCGAUUGACAGGUGUUUUCUCUGGAUUUGUCACUGAUUUACAGAUGUUUUCUCUGGAUUUGUCACUCUGAUUUAUAGAUGGUUUCUCUGGAUUUGUCACUCUGAUUAACAUACCUUUACUCUGGGUUUGUCAGUCUGAUUUACAAAUGUUGCAUGCAGGGCACAUCUCUCCAUAAUAUGAAGCAGACACUUUACUGAAGUUAUUUCAGAAUCAAACUCUCCUGUUCAGGCUUUGCUCAGAGGCCCUUCGGUAUAAGCGUAAUGUCGGUGUUGAACUGACCAUCAACACCGAAGCUAGGGCACAUGUUCUGGUUCAUCAUAAUGCAUAGCCUAGGUGAGCUUCAACGGG